CGCCACCCUGCACCAUGCGUGCUGCUCCUCCUUUCUCCGUUUCGGCUGGAGACAUUAACCGUCAUAUGCUGUUCGCUGCACGACAGUUGAGAGUGCCGAUUUCCAAAUCGGGCGUAAGCUUUAUUUCCCUUUAAGCGUCUCCGCUCUCCGUAGGAGUCGAUCAUGGCACAGGGUGAUGUCUGUCUGUGGCGUUCAAGAAGCCAGCGAUUCUCGCCCACAGCAGCCAGUUCUCCUGCCGGCUCGCUGAUGGCUGGUAAUUAGGCGUCGUAGCUGAAGAGCGGCACUCUGCAUCGAGCAUCUGGUGUCCCGACCUCGGCACACCCAGGCUGUUUGGACAAAUCCAGGGGUCCGGUCCAACUCAUGACAUCCAGGACAGUUGCAGGUUGCUUGCAAGCACGGAGCCCGGGAGGUCUGCGAAGUUCAACACCCAAGCAUGUCGACGAAGAUGCAGAGUUCGAACAACACAGUGCAGGCACAGAGGAUAGUGCAGCAGCUCCAGACAGAGGCCAACAUCGAGCGGAUAAAGGUUUCUAAGGCCUCUGCAGACCUCAUGCAUUACUGUGGCGAGCAGGCCAGAAACGACCCCCUCCUGAUGGGGAUCCCAGCCUCAGAGAACCCCUUUAAGGAGAAGAAGCCCUGCACUAUACUGUAGUGGCGUGCUCUGGACAUUCUUAAAAUCAUUUUUUUUUUUUUUUUUUUUUUUUUUUAGAGAGAGAGAGAGAAAUUUUUACUUUUAAGAUUUCACACACUAGUCGCCUUAAAAUAUGCUAACGCCCAUUUUCGUUUCAACUUCUUUAAUUCUUCUGUCCUCAAGACUCAAACAUGGCUCAACACUCCACACACAUUCGCUUCUCGUUCUGUUUUAUCUGGCCGAACCUGAGACCAUAACCCCAUAGAGCCCGUGUGGCUAGAUCUUUCCCCAGGGUCUAUGCUGUGAUCGUGCUGUCUGAUGUGGUCCCGCCCAGCCACUUCUGCACAUAAAGACUGAGGGCUCCGCUGGGAACUUCCUGGGGGAGCCUUCAUCUCACCACACUCUUUCCUGUUCUCACUGGUGGACAGCUGUUCAGCACCAGUGGUGCUUUGACCCCUUGUGAUGGCACUAUUAACCGGGUUCAAUUAGUGGAAGGGAGCGGUGUGGAGGAGAAGGGCGACUCAUUGGUGCAGGGAGCGUCUGAAUAGUGCCAUUCCUGUAUGGAGGGGAAGGAGAAACGAGGAUGCAGGGAGUGUCUGAAUAGUGCCAUUCCUGUGUGGAAACAGGUGUGGCUAAAUGGCGUCACUCUGACGUAGAUUGGCUCGUUCUGCCUGAGCAUUGCCUCCUGAACUCCCUGUGUCUGAACAAUAGAGGCCUUUAGCCAGGUCAGCGAAAGGUCGCCUCCCUCCGUCAGAGCGCUAACAGCCGUGCGUUUCUUCCCCUUUUACGAAGCUGUGUAAAUCAGACCCGACCCCUCUCGCCAGUUCUUUCAGCGCCACCAGCUCCCGUAUUACGGCCUCUCUUUGUGGGUUUCUUUUAUUAUUAGCUUCAGUGUUUGUGAAGACGGAGCCCAGUGCCAUAGCAGUGAAUUGCACUCAAACCCCAAGCUUUGCUCAGUGUUCAGUUACCGUCACGAACACCCCAGGCUAACGUGGAUUAUAUUUCAUAUGCCUCGCCAAAAGCCUUUUUUUGGUAGAAAGUACGACCCAAAUUCCAAACUGCCCCGUCUGCCGAAGCGUUGCCUUGGACUUUUGUCUUUGGCCGGUUUAUUGUAGAUACAGUAGCAAUAUAUUUCAUCGCGUCGUGGUGCAUGGGCUAGAUUUUAACCCUUUAUUGACUAUGCCUUAUUUUAUUGUAAUGGACGCUUUUGGUUGCUUUUUCUAACGUUGGUGUCUUUUUCCGAUUGAUGAGAAAAGAAAAAAGUCUGAAAAGUGUUUGUGCCACCCAGAUAUUUUGUGAUCUGACCAGCAAUAGUAACACCCGCAGAAUCAAACCUCCAGACUUCCCUUCCCCACCGAGCAAAACGCGUCUCCACACAGCAGCGUUUCCGCGCCGACGACUUGUUGCAGUGACUGUUAUCGUGAAUUCUGCCAUUCCACGUUUACAACUGAGAAUUUUACACUUUCUACACAUCUGUCAUGCCAUGCACUUUUAUGCGCGUGUGUAUGUGCGCGUUUCGUUUGUUGUUGUUGCUGUUGUUGUUGCUGUUGUUGUUGUUGUUUUAAAGAGACCUUAAUGUGUUUGUUCAGCACACGGCUGGUCCAAGCAGGCCAGAGACCAGCUGAUCCACCGAAAGCCUUAAUGAGCUAUUCGGGCUCUGACUGGCUCCUAAGCACCUGGUCUUACGCACUCUACGGUUCGUCUACUGUGAACUAGCGGCACGCGCCGCUGGUGCUGUGGCCUUUGCGCGGGGACCCGCACGCGAAGCUUCAGACUGGUGCAGGGUCCAGCAAACCCGGCGAUAGACAGCUGCUGGAUUUCAUCCCUGUGUUUGGCCACACUAGCACUGCAUUCCACGAAUAUUACCGGAAUUAUGCUUCGAGUCAAUUGUUUGUUCUUUGCCAUGUACAGGGAAGUUAAUCGACAUUGUAAUCGCACAUGUACUAACGAGAGAAGCGAUAUUAGGCCGAAAUAACACUAUUCGUACAGCAUGCCCGAAACCAAUAAGUCUAUUCAUGAUUUUCUUUUUUUAAAGUAAUUGUUCCUGAAAAAUCUCGUCACACGUUUAUUACUGAACAGGUGAAUAGUAGGUUAUAGAAGAGGUUUAGUAAAUUUGGAUUUCAGACGCAACGUAUUUAAUGACACAAAUGAGUCGUAGAUAUAGAGGAAUUUUUAAUCACUUUCAAUCUUGUGGUUUACCCAGUGACGUUUUUAAAUGACAUUCCACGUUAUUUCUACAGGAUGUGUUCUUGUGCAUUGUGGUUGUUCCUGAAGGUGAUUUUGGUUUUGUACUGCCCUCGUGAUUAAUGUCAGCUCUUCAGUCUUUUCACCCCUGUAGCGUCUGAAGCAUUUUGGUGCAUUGUUCUUCUAGAGAAUCUUUUAUCUGUGGGAGAAAAACAAAACCCAGAAACUGAUUCCCAGUUCUGGUGCUGUACAAACCCCUUUUCAAACUGAAGUUAAAUAUAAUUUCAUUCUCAACA